UCACAAAGCGAAGCUGGAACGCUGGGGUUUUCGGAAGUUCAGGGAGCCCAGGGAGAAGCCCACUUGCAGCCCGCCCUCGUGGGGCGGGAGGCGACCAUCGCCCGCCUCUUCUGGCCCCUCCCGCCCCGCGGCCCAGAGAGGCCGCAGCGUCUCGGCGCCUCUGGCGCCGCAGAGAGUCCUGGGAGAGCGGGUUCGCGCCGGAAGGACGCGCGGGCGCUCCGCGGCGAGGUUAUAAAAGGGAAGGAGCCGGCGGCAGGCGGAAGUGGGCGGUUCAGCUGCUCCGGGUGCUGUGUUUUUGUGUUUGGGCCUUUCCAGCGGCGUUUUCCAGAGGGCCGGCGGUGCAGGCCGCAGUGACAGGGCCGCUCGCUGCCGCGCACCCUGCCUGUUUCUCGGUGCACUGUCUGCUUGCGGCGUCCGCGACCUGCAGGCCCAACAUGGCGCAGGAGGUGUCGGAGUUCCUGAGCCAGAACCCGCGGGUGGCCGCCUGGGUGGAGGCGCUGCGGUGCGACGGCGAGACUGACAAACACUGGCGCCAUCGCCGGGAGUUUUUGGUCCGCAACGCCGGGGACCUGGUUCCCACUGGUGGCGUUGACUCCACUAACACGGAUGAAGCUGCGGACGCCGAGAGCGGGACUCGCAAUCGGCAGAUGCAGCAGCUCAUCUCCUUUUCCAUGGCCUGGGCAAACCACGUCUUCCUCGGGUGCCGGUACCCUCAAAAAGUUAUGGAUAAAAUACUUAGUAUGGCUGAAGGCAUCAAAGUGACAGAUGCUCCAAUCCAUACAACAAGAGACGAACUGGUUGCCAAGGUGAAGAAAAGAGGGAUAUCGAGUAGCAAUGAAGGGAUAGAAGAGCCAUCCAAAAAACGAGUCAUAGAAGGGAAAAACAGUUCUGCGGUUGAGCAAGAUCAUGCAAAAACUUCUGCCAAAACAGAACAUGCAUCAGCUAAGCAGGAAAAGAGUUCAGCAUGUACGGGGUCAUCCACCAAAUCAGAGAGUAGUGGAAACUCAACUCGGAGUCAGAAUAGCUCUACAAGUGAUGGGGAUCAACCUGUUUCCAGCCAAAGCUGCAGCAUCAGCAUUUCCUCUCAGGUAACAACAGCAGGGUCUGGAAAAGUUUCUGAAUCAGAAGCUUCAGAUAAGCAUGGUUCAGCAUCAUUUGUUUCUUUGUUGAAAUCGAGUGUGAAUAGUCAUGUGACCCAAUCCAUUGAUUCCAUACAACCAAGUAGUUCACCUAAAAAGAGUGCUUUGGAAGGCUCCUCAGUCUCAGUUUCUCAAAGCAGUUCAGAGAUUCAGGUGCCCUUGUUGGGCUCCUCAGGAAGCUCAGAAAUAGAGUUGCCACUGUUGUCUUCUAAUCCUAGUUCAGAGACAGCUUCAAGUGGGUUAACUACCAAAACUAGUUCAGAGACAAGUGUUUCAUCAUCAGUUUCUAAAAACAGUUCCUCAUCAGGCACAUCCUUGACAACUUCCAAGAGCAGCUCCUCAACAAAUACAUCACUGCUGUCUUCUAAAAGCACUUCCCAGGUAGCUGCAUCGCUGUUAACUUCUAAGAGCAGUUCCCAGAGCAGUGGAUCUCUGGUUUCCAAAAACGCUUCCUUAGCAGGUGUGUCCCAGCUGGCUUCUAAGAGUAGUUCUCAAACUAGCACAUCACAGUUGCCUUCUAAAAGUACUUCACAGUCAAGUGAGAGUUCAGUCAAAUUCUCCUGUUGCAAGUUAACCAGUGAAGAUGUGAAACAGAAGCAGCCUUUUUUUAAUAGACUGUAUAAAACGGUGGCAUGGAAGUUGGUAGCUGUUGGUGGUUUUAGUCCCACUGUGAAUCAUGGAGAGCUCCUAAAUGCAGCUAUUGAGGCUCUGAAAGCAACACUGGAUGUGUUUUUUGUCCCACUAAAAGAACUGGCAGAUCUGCCUCAAAAUAAGAGCUCUCAAGAAAGUAUUGUUUGUGAAUUGAGGUGCAAGUCUGUGUAUUUGGGUACUGGCUGUGGAAAAAGCAAAGAAAAUGCAAAAGCAGUUGCAUCAAGAGAAGCAUUGAAGUUAUUUCUCAAGAAAAAGGUGGUGGUAAAAAUAUGUAAACGAAAAUACAGGGGUAGUGAAAUAGAAGAUUUAGUACUCCUUGAUGAAGACUCAAGACCUGUAAACUUACCUCCAGCAUUAAAACAUCCUCAAGAAUUACUAUAGUGUGUCCAAAAGAUCACUGCAUAAAAUAUUUAGUACGUGAAGACAAAAACUGACUGACUUUUGUAUAAUGUAAAACACAGGCUUUCACAAAUUUUGUAUUGCUUUUUUCCAAUUUUGCAGAAAAUUUACAUUCUAGUUCUCGUCACACAAUAGAAGUUGUAAAUAAUUUGUGAGUGACAGUAUACAUUAAAAGGUAUGCAUAAAACAGCAUACUAGUAUGCUGGUUUAUUUGUUGAGGAAAAUACUGUCUUCUAUUUUUAAUGAUACAUUAGGUACGAUGUGUAGUUCCGUAGCAUCUUAAAACUUUUGUACUACUUUCAAUUUGGUGAAAAUGUAUUAAGUUGUCUACCAUGCCUUUUUUUUUUUUAAGCUGAAUAAACCUUCACAUCAAAGAAAAGGGGACCACAUUAUUUGAAUGUCCGAAAGUCUGUGAAAUGUAAGGUUUUCAGAAUGUUGCCCAUAAUGUCAAACAUGUCUGUUAAAGAAUAAAAGAAAAGAUAGUUGCCUCAGAUGAUUUUUAUGAGAAGUUGUAAGCAUUUUUAGAUAUAAAGCAGUAUAAAGAACUUGAUGUUAUUUUCUUCUAAAAUAGUUUAAAAUUCACCAUAGUUUUGACUGCUGCAAAUUCUUUAAGCAGGUUUAAUUUAUGUUCUGAGGUAAAAUACAAUUUACACUUUUUCCUGAAGACAUAAAUGUGGGUUUCUAUAUUAAGCAUAUUUUGUGACUACUAUAACAGACUGAUUUGUUUAGAUAUUAAAUGCUUUAAGCCAUUUUACCUUUUCAUGAAGUUGUGUUUUUUUCCCCUAAGUCAGAACCAAUUCCUACAAGUAGGCUUCCCACUUCUGGUCAUUGUAAAUUACAUCAGGUAAUUUUUCAUGACUCAUACACAACUUUUUAUGGUAGGGAAGUUAGAAUUUUCAAAUCUGAAACUAGAUGGUUUUUGUAUUUACAAAUCUCAUAGAAAAAUAUUGGGAAGACUAGAAAGCCAUGUUUAGCUCUUUAAUGAGUCUGUUCAAUUGAAUUCUAUUUGUUAGACGUGAAAUGGAAUCUUGUUUCUGUCUUAGGUGCUUCUGGCUGUAUUAAUCUAUUAUGUAUUCUUUCAUUUUUCUUCAAACUCUGACCCAAGAUUCUGUUACCUUUGUGUCCUUUGUUUCUGGCUUUCUAGGUAUGUUUUAAAAUAGGGCACAUUGAACAGUAAUAGUGAUUAAAAAACAAAAAAUCAAGAAUCUUUUAUGUGCCAGUUGUACUUGAAAAGAAAAUUGAACAUAACCAGCACAAUUUGUGUAGAAAUUAUUUCUAUUUUAUAUUCUAGGAAUACUAGACAAGGAUACUUCAGUUUCCUGUACUUGAAUUGAAAUAAUCAUGGACAUUUUUAUUACACCAGAGUCAUUUUUAAAUGAUUCAUUUUUUGAGGAUGUUUAAUGGGAUACCAAAGCGAAAAAACAAAGUAGUUUGUAAGUGGGUUGCCUUUAUAUUGUGGGCAGCAAUAACAUGAAUGUAUUGUGGAAGCAUUUCAGUUAUUUCACUUUCCUCGGUCUUGGAAUAUAUAUUUUGUGAGACAAUGAUUACCAUAAAAGUGAGCUAAAAAAUUGCAAAGAACAGUAAAUUUAUGUAGUUAGGUGUUUUGGUAAUUUCCUGAAUUGGCUUGUUGCAAGUUAAAGUUAUUGAAAAUGUUUUCAAUUUUAAUAACCUUUUGAUGUAGAAUUGGAGGAGGCUACUUAGUUAAAAACAUUGCUUAAUUUAUAAACAUCUUUGCUAUAGAAUCUUGUUUUAAAACUUAUCAAAUAAAGUAUUUUAGUUACAAUCAAAAUUUAAAGAUCCCUGUUUUAAGAGAAAUGCAUAUUUUAUUAUACUCAAAAACAUAAACUUUGGAAUCUCUUAUUCUUGAGAUAGAAUCUUGGCUCUGCCUCUUCCUAGACAUGUAACUUCUUGAAAUGUAAACUUUUUACCUGAUCUGUAGGAUAGGUCUAGUAGCUUCCUCAUAGAACUUUUAAGAUUAAAUGAGACAAUACGUUUGAAAUGCCUACCAUAGUGCAUUCAUACUACAGUUCAUUAAUUGCAUUGUAUGUAUUCUCAUUUAACCCUCACAACCUUAUGAAACGCUAUUGUCAUUUGGUCUGUUUUUUACAGACAAGGAAACUGAAACACAGAUUAAGUAAUUUGGUCAAAGACGGCUGGAUUCAAGCACAUAAUGUCAUUCCAGAGCCCAGGCUCUUAACUGUAUUGUGUUGCUUAUUAUCUUUUUCACUUCUCUAAAUGCUAAAAUUGUUUAAAAUCUUCCUCAACAUUGAUUGGCUGCCAGUUUUAUCCAGUGACCAAAACAUAUUUCAGAAGCUUCAUCUGGAAACAAGUUGCUUCAGAAGCUCUGCUGUUUUGUUCAUUAAUAUUUUUCCUUAGUGCUUUUAUAUGUUGAAUAUUCUCAGAACUCCAUCCUAUAUGGG